AAAAAAAAAAGUAACUUUUAACUUGACGGCUCCCAGCCACUCUACUGAAAAGUUCAAGCAAUUGGGUUUUGACUGAUAUACAACCUAGUUUUCAUCGCAUCUCUGUGAAUGUAAACCAAGACUGUGACUACGGGAGAGGAAAGCUUUCACUACAUAUAUGUAUAUACAUAUAUACAUUAUAUAGCUGGCAAGUGAGCGCUGAAGUCACCCCCAAAUCAAUACCAUUAAUCCUGCAUUAUGGGUCCCAAAUGCAAAACCGGUUUUUACGUAAGUAAAACAGCGGGAGUUCUGGUCACAAUGCUAUUUGCUGCUUUAUUGAUUAGCUUUACCGUUUUGGUUGCUCUUUAUGCCUUAUCAAAAAUGGAACAUAGCAAUGCGACUAUACUCGAAGAGCCAACACAAGUACCGUUACCUUUCAGUAGCACUUUUGCCGUUACCACCCAAAAGCCCAGUCGCCCUGGGAUUUGGGACCACUACCGACUACCUCAGACCCUGGUACCAAUGAACUAUCAGCUGGAGCUUUGGCCGCGUCUAGAUCCUGAUCAAGAUGGGACUUACCGCUUUACCGGUGAAGCCAACAUCACUUUCCAGUGCAAAGGAGAAACGGAUAUCAUUUUACUUCAUAUUUCCCAUUUGAAUGUCACAGUCGUUCAACUGGAAAUCGUUUCAGGAGGUACAGAGGUUCCUUUGGUCCUGGAUGUUUGGAAAGCCGACGUUAAUGCGUAUAUGGUGAUCGAACUGAAUACAACUUUGAAGAAAGACAGUGUGUAUGUUCUGAGGAGUAUUUUCACUGGAGCAAUCAGGGAGAAAAUGCACAUGUACGGACUCUUCAUAAUCCAUUAUACAGAAGAAGGACGGAACAUGUCUGUGGUUUCAUCCCAAAUGGAACCCACCUACGCAAGAUCUGUUUUCCCCUGUUUUGACGAACCUGCAAUGAAAGCCACUUUCGAUGUCAGGAUCGUCCAUCUUUACAAUUAUGUUGCGCUUUCAAAUAUGCCUGCUGUUGAUGUAACAAUAAGAGAAGAUGAGAAUGGACAUAAAUGGAAUGUCACAACAUUUAGUACGACACCAAAGAUGUCCACUUAUAUAACAGCUUUUGUAGUUUGUGAAUUUGAUUAUGUUAGCAAGUUUGAAGGAAGUAACGAGAUACGUGUUUGGGCCCGUAAAAGCUCUAUUCAGAAUGGCGAGGCUGAUUAUGCUUUAAAUGUCACAGGGCCAAUCCUAACACAUUUGGAAAAUUUCUUUAAUGUGAGUUACCCACUGUCAAAAACAGAUCUUGUUGCCCUGCCUGAUUUUACUGCCAAUGCAAUGGAAAACUGGGGACUCAUGAUUUACAGGGAGGAUUCUCUGCUACAUAACCAAAUGAAAGAUUCUCUGGAUCAAAGAGCAGUCAUUUGCACUGUUAUUGCACAUGAGCUUGGACAUCAGUGGUUUGGAAAUCUGGUGACUAUGAACUGGUGGAAUCAUUUGUGGCUAAAUGAGGGUUUGGCAACAUUUGUUGAGUACUUAGUCCCUCAUUAUGUGGAACCUCAAAUGAAGUUGAAUGAACUACAUGCUUUCGCAAACAUGCAGGAGAUGUUUUCAACCGAUUCAUUUCUGAUGUCUCGGCCUCUUACUGUACAAGAAGAAGAAAUAAGAUCUCAUCAAAUACUUCCUAUGUUUGAUUUGGUGACUUACAAUAAGGGGGCUUCCAUUGUGAGAAUGGCUGCCAGUUUCCUGACUAAGAAAGUGUUCCAAAAAGGUCUCAGCUCCUAUCUUCAGAAGUUCUCCUACAUGACCGUUGAGCAGGAUAACCUGUGGAAUCACUGGCAAAAAGCUGUAGACAGUCAGAGUGAAGUCCAGUUGCCAGCCCCUGUAAAAGAUAUAAUGGACUCCUGGACAUUACAAAUUGGAUAUCCUCUUAUUACACUGAAUACAUCUUCGGGUACAAUUACUCAGGAAAAGUGUUUCUUAACAAAACCAGAUAAUCAAACCUCACAUGGCAGUUGGUUUGUUCCUGUAAAUUGGAUAAAGAAUGGAUUUGUGCAACCAAUGAAGUGGCUUGAAGGAAAUAACAGUCUAUUCCCAGAGAUGAAGGCUACCUCAGACCAGGACUGGAUCCUGUUGAAUGUGAAUGUUUCAGGGUAUUACAGAGUGAACUAUGACCAUUCAAAUUGGGAGAGAGUGCUGCACCAACUAAUGAAAGACCCAAAUGUAAUACCAGUGAAAAACAGAGCACAGAUAAUUGAUGAUGCCUUUAAAUUAGCAUUGUCUGGGUAUUUAGAUGUUGAAACUGCUCUAAGCACAACUAAAUAUCUCUCCAAGGAGACAGAAUUUAUAGUAUGGAGUACAGCGCUAGACAUCAUAGAUUUGCAUCUGAACUUUCUGUCAAACACUCAUUUGUAUGGAUUAUUCAAGCAAUAUUUGUUAAGAAUAUUUUCUCCACUUUAUAAAUAUCAUAUGGAUUUAAUAGGAGGAGAUGUCUAUAAAGUGAAGGAUGAUGCGUUUAUGCAGUUAUCAGUGCACAGAUCAGUGAAAACAGCAUGCUGGCUGGGUCUUAAAGAAUGUCUACAGUUAGCAGCUUCACUUUAUGCAAGAUGGAUGAGCAAUUCUACUGAAAACAAAAUCCCAUCAUAUUUAAGAUAUGAUAUUUAUUGUUAUGGAAUUGCCUCUGGGGGUGUUAAGGAAUGGGAGUUUGCUUGGGAGAUGUUUCAGAGUCAGAACGGCACAGGACAAGAUCAACAUUUACUCUUUGCCUUGAGCUGCAGUAGAGAACCAUGGCUUUUGAACAGGUACCUACAGUAUUCAUUGGACAGCUCAUUAGUCCAGAGGCGAUAUACAGGAUCUUUAUUGAGCUAUGUGAUAGAAAAUGACAUUGGUCAAUCAUUAGCAUGGGAAUUCAUCCAAGAAAACUGGAAACAUUUUCAAACAGAGCAUGGAAGCCAAUUUACACAUGUACUAGGAGACUUGGCUGAGAGGUUUUCAAGUGAAUUCCAGCUAGACCAGCUGGUGAAGUUUAUUACUAGCACUAUGGAUGAAUACCAGCAAGAUGAGGCUAUUGAACACAUAGAGGAAAUGAAAAAAUCCCGAAACGCUUUUAAAACCAAAUAUUAUUCCAGGAUUUAUAACUGGUUAAAAGAGAAUUUACGUAACACAGGUUAGUUCGGCUGUCCUGAAGAAAUCAGCCUGUGAUUUUGUUAAAUCUGUAUUUUCUUAAUGUAACUGAUAACAACAAAAAAAAUACCCAACAACUGCUGUAUUACACAUAAUAUUCUAUCAAUGUCAGUUAAUACAAAUUAACUUUUAACCUUGCACAAUAGCAACUGCUACCAUGUGCCAUUUAAUUCAGUUGUUGACUGUUUUCUGCAAAUCCAUGUUUUUGAAAUGAAUAGAUUUAGUUAUCUAAAAAACACAACUGGAAGAAAAUACUUACAUUAAGAAACUAUUUAAAACAACAAGAAAGUAGCACUGUGCUAGCAGUUACAAAAUGUAAGCCAUUUAAGUUAAUGUGGUUUUACUAUUCAACCUGAACGGUCACCAAAGGGAUUACACAUAGAUGACUGAUAUAGAAAAAGUAAGUGGCUGCUAAUUCUCAGUCCUUCACUUGUACUGAAAAAAAAAAAAACUAAAAUAUAAAGAAAAGGUACUAUAGUAGUAAAAGAGGGUCUUGUCUUAUUGAAAGAAAUGUAGGCUUACCUCUGUAGAAUAUGUAAAAUGUCAUGUUCAAGUUAGUUAUGCCAAUUAAUCUGUGCUGGUCAUGUAGCGUAAACGCUGGAAAUUCCAGGAACUGCUGGUAAGUUGGUGGCCAACAAGUGUUAGGGAAUAUCAAAUAUUGAGGGUCUUCCAUGACCUGGGUUAGCUAUAAUUUGAUUACUUAGAGUGUAGACAACAAUAGUUUAAUAAUUCUGCAGUAAAGGGAUUUAAAAUUAUAUUUUUCCUAAAUCAGCAUAACAGAUUCUUUAACCAGCAUAAAGCCUCUUUGAUCAGUUUCACUAGUUGAAAACCAGGAAGCUAACAGUUCAGACCAGGAAAGACCUUUGCUGUUCAAAGCUGGAAUUACCAUCAGGGUUUGUAUGAGUUUUGUCCAGCCCUUCUGUCAGUAUAAAAUAAUAGAAUUAACUGCUACUUUUCAAUCUUCCCAUGAAACCAGCCUGUAAAACAUCAAACUACUGUAUGGCUGCCACCAGUUCCUCCUGUAGACCAAUCUACAACACAAAGGUCAACGAUUGCGAUGUCAGAUUAUAUUACCUUUUAAAAUUAUUCACCUACAGUAAUUCUAAUAUUUUCCUGAUAACAUAAUUAACCUACAGUCCUCCUUUCUGCUAUUUGGAGUUUAACAUCUACAUUUGCAUUGGCCACAAUCCUAACUGAGGUUGUCCUAACUAAUUUGGUUUUGGCUUAUUGUUGAUAGAAACGAACAGGACCCAUUUCAAAGAGCUUUCAAAUCAGUUCUAGUAGCAGAUGGAAAUGCUGCAGAAGUUAAUCAAUAAAGGGCCUAACAUAUCAAAAUGUGCCUAAAUACAGACUUCUACAAUACCAAAUAUGAAACACACGUUCUACUGUUGUGUUUGUUUUUGUAUUUGUUAUACAUCCCAUUAUAUUAUGUUCUAAUUUCUAUAUUAAAUUCAUUCUUUGUAUAAAUUAUUACUGUAACUUUCAUAGUA